GGAGGCGGAGGUGCGCGACGGCGGCAAGACGGCGGCGGCGACGACGGCGGCCCCGGCCUCCCCUACCUCCGCGCCAUGGACCUGCCGACGCUCCUGCCGGCGGCGCUGGGCGUGGGCGCGGGGCUGGUCAUCAUCAUCAUCAUCCUGAUCCUGCUCAUCACCUUCCGCACGCGCCGCCCACGCCCGCGGCCCGAGGAGGCGCACCUGCGCUCCCCCAGCGACCACUCCCUCGCCAGCGACCAGAAGUCGCUCUCGGGCCACAGGUCGCCGCCCCCGAGCGCGACGCAGGAGGGCCUCAGGUCGCCCGGGGAUGGGCGGCCGCCCGCGACGCUGACGCCGGGGAGUGGGCGGGGGGCCGUGCCACGACAGGGACAAGCAGGUGGAGGCCGAGAGCGACCAGGAGCCCGACGUGAUCCCCCUCCAGGAGGCACUCGCCGCCCCGCCCUCCUCCCAGCCACUGUCCUGCCGCCCGUUUGCUACCAUUACCCACCCUCGACGCCCACCCCGCCCGCAUGGUGAGUGUGUGAGCCCUUACAGCGCACCAGGGAGGCGAUGAGGAUUGAGAGCUAUAUAGGUCCCUGGUGCCCUGGCUAAUGACGCCGCCCUCAACCAUGUUGCUUCACCGGCAGACGAGUCCUCGCUACGGGCGCCUGGGCGUGGCCGGCUCCGGGGGCUCCGACCCCCCCAGGGGACCCCUCGACCCCCUGCGGUCGUCCCAGCUCCACCACGCGCACCAGCAGCGCCCCCUGCACCACCUCCAGCAGCAGGACAAGCGGCCUCCUCUCCCGCAGGACGCCCAACACAGUCAACAGCUGUUCUCCUCCCUCCCGCGGGGC